AUUAACAGAGAGAGCCGUGAACAGGACGAUAUCUGAAUCUGUCCCUCUGCUUUGCUUUCCAAACUCCACCUGCUUUUUGUUGGGUUUUUCUUCUGUCACACAUAAACCGGAUUAAAUUACGCAUUGCACCUUUAAGAAGCUGUCACCGGGAUUAGAGUUACGCGCGGAAGGGUUUUACGCACCGUCGGUUUCCAGAGCAGGGUGUCCUUCUCCCUCUGUGUGUCUUUCUCUUCGCUGGUCCUGACACCACCGGGGAGCCCUGCACGCCGAGCGACAUGGCCGAGAUGGGGAAAGGGGUCACCGCCGGAAAACUGGCCAGCAACGUCCAGAAGAGGCUCACCAGGGCGCAGGAGAAGGUCCUGCAGAAGCUCGGCAAAGCAGACGAGACCCGAGAUGCCGCCUUUGAGGAGAUGGUGGCCAACUUCAACAAGCAGAUGACAGAAGGAACCAAACUGCAGAAAGACAUGAAAGCCUACCUUGUAGCAGUGAAAACGAUGCACGAUGCGUCUCGGCGGCUUCAGGACUGUCUGGCCGAGAUGUACGAACCCGACUGGUUUGGCAAAGAGGAGAUGGACACGUUGAUAGAGGAGAUGAUAGAGAAGGAGAUGGACAAUAACUUGGAGGACACAGACACUCUGUGGCUGGACUACCACCAGAACAUCAUGGACAAAUCUAUGACCACUCUGGACUCGUACCUGACUCAGUUUCCUGAUAUUAAGGCUCGUAUAGCCAAGCGCGACAGGAAGAUGGUGGACUUCGACAGCGCCCGGCAUCACUUCAACUCCUUACAGAAAGGAAAGAAAAAGGACGAGGCCAAGAUCGCCAAGCAAGCAGCCCUGUUGGAGAUGGCGGCUCCCAGCUGGGCUCAGGGUUUGAUAUCAGCCCACCAGGUGGCUCAGACUAACCUCUCCUUCAACCAGGCAGAGGAAGAGCUGGGCCGAGCUCAGAAGAUUUUCGAGGAGCUGAACGUGGAGUUACAAGACGAGCUUCCAGCACUCUUUGACAAUCGUGUUGGCGUCUAUGUUAACGCAUUCCAGAGCCUGGCAGGUCAUCAGGAGAAGUUCCACGGGGAAAUGAGCAAGCUCAGCCAAAACCUGAACGACAUCAUGACCAAACUGGAAGAGCAGCGGGAGCUCAAAAAAGCUGGUACUGCAGAAGCAAAGACAGGAGAAGGUGCCAAGAGCGAGGAAACCAACCACAGCGAAUCGGCCAGCUCACCACCAAAGGCGGUGCAGAGGCCAGGUCCUCCUCCCAGUCGGCCUCCGCCCCGACUGACGCCGUCUCAGCAUGUCGGCCCCACAGAGGACGAGGUCUCGGUGCCUGACGCUCACUCAGACUCCAGCAGCACCACCACGACAGAGCAGCAGUGUGAGCCCUGCUCCGGGGUGAACCUGCUGGAUUGGGAUGUGGAGGUUUUACAGCCCAUCACAUUUCCAGCUCCCAAGGCACCAUCAUUGGACUCAUGGCAACAACAAACCGCCGCAGAGCAGGAACCCCAGCAUGAUGUUGACCAACACCCAGAGCAGGCCCCUGGUGGCUGGGAUUACGAUGAACACAGCACCCAGAGCUCCUCCCAGCCCAGCUGGGACAAUGUAGAAACUGCUCAGCGCCAGGAGAGCUGGGGCAGCGAUGGAGUCUAUGCCGCUCAGUCGUACACUGAGCCCAACUGGGACGACGACGGCUCCCGAGUGGGACAGGGUGGCUGGGGCGAUGAUGGAGAGGUCAAGAGUGCAGUGACCAACGGCUCAGAUGACAAACUCCCUCCAGGAUUCCUCUACAAGGUAAAAGCUAUACAUGAGUAUGCUGCCACUGACGCCGAUGAGCUGGAACUGAAGAUCGGGGAUGUUGUGCUGGUUUUGGCUUUCGACAAUCCAGAUGAACAGGACGACGGCUGGCUCUUGGGUGUGCAGGAGUCUCACUGGCUACAGAACAAAGAUAUUUCAGUCAAAGGCGUUUUCCCUGAGAACUUCACUCAGAAAGUUUGAGGUUCAUGCCACAAAGAUUCUUCUUCCCCUUCUGCGCCCGAAACUUCUCAGAUAUUUAGAUAUAACUGGUCACCAAAUGUGUAUUUACACACCAAAAUGUAUCCGUACAUGAUUAGAAAUGUGUGCUGAAAUGAGAGUACUUCUCAAAAGGCUAUGAUACUAAAUGUUUGGGCCGUGAUCUCAUGAUCACCAAACUAAUAUAACGUUAUACCGACUCUGCACAAUCAUAAAAAAUGUUUUAGUCAAAUUGUACACCCAAACUUUAACAUUUUUAUUUUGUUUUGAUUUCUUAUUCAUUAACUAUUUAUACGCUGAACUCAAACGAAACACAAAACAAUGUGUUGGAUAUAUUCAAAAAGGAAAAAAAAGUCAUGGAUGUAUUGUAUGAAUGUCAGAAUGUUUUAUGUUGUGUACUGUCACCAGUUUGAGAACUUUUCACAGUUCCUUGCAUGACGCAUUUGAUUGUAUUGUCUUUUACCUUUGUAACACAACAAACACUGUGACACCAGCUCUACGUAUGACACGUGGCUAAGAUUGUCUGAAAAAUGCAGGUGUCCUAGAAUGGAGCCCUGGGGAACACCACAGAUAAAAAUAGGCUUUGCCUUGCAUUAUUACAGUUGCUUGGGCUUGUAGGAUUAUAAAAGGGAACAGUAGUUUUUCAUUUAUCUUACCGGCCAUUUUGAGGACAUGACUUGGUGUGUGGCUUACAUUUUCUAAUGCACAUUGCUGUUAUUUAGAUUUUUGAAUUAUAUUUUCAUUUAUGGGUGAAAUACAAAACCUUAUCAAACUCAGCUGCUCAUAUUUUCCUUCAUCUUCUUUAAUUACCACUAUUUAAUUACCACUAUAGUUUAGAUGUCAUACUUUGAGACAGGAGAUGUAUGCUAUUUAACUCUAAACAUUUCCCACAUUAAUUUGAUUCUUGAUCUUUGUUCUCCCUUGGACAGGACUAUCUAGCACUGGAUCACUAAUGUACAAGCAUAUUUUCUUUAGUGUUUUUUUCCAGUAGAAAUCAGGUUUAGGCUGCAUACUGUGAGCCAAUGGAGUCCAAAACUGCACCGCCAGCAGCUAAAUGAGAGACUGAGGCUAUAACAUUAACAUUUCUAACCAAAUAUCCUGCAGAAACCAAAGUUAAACCCAUCAAAACUGUAUUUUUACAUUGUGUGUAAUUAAGGAAUCAAGUGGUAACUAAUGCACCAUCUGUUAGAUCAAGUCAGUGUCAUUAAAGAUGAAUGAAACAACA